AUGUCUUGUUGUCUCCCACCAUUCCCCAACCCGACAGAUCACGCAAGGCUCCCGGAAGUCGUGUAUCUGAACCUUCCACAGCCCCAGCAGGAGCAGCUGAACCGGGCUGCCGCGCCAGAGCUGUUACUACAGACUGCCUGGGCAUUGCUUCUCCGCUGCUACACUGGCUCGGACGAAGUGUGUUUCGGUUGCUAUCAGAGCAACUUGGAGGAUCAGGGAGCAUCUGCAAAUAUACAACCCGUCAGCUUCAGCAUUGCAGAGAGUGAUCUUCUCCAGGACCUUGUCCAUCACCGACAGACCUUGGAGAACGCACAGGGCGAUGAGGCAAACCGGCUAUUCAACACAAUCAUUUGCUUUGUGAAAGUCCAGACAGAAACCCCGUCGUCGAUACCCCAGUCCGACAGGAACCCUUUGCCUGAGACUUGUCGUAUUCAAUUCCUUGCCGAACAACGCCCCGAAGAGACUCGCCUGGCCCUGGAAUAUUGGAGAGACGAGGUUUCGAGGGAGCACGUCACGUGUAUGGGCAGCGCGUUGGGUCAUGUGCUGCGCUUGCUUCUUUCGGAAGGAACCUGCGCAGUCCGCAACGUCGACCUCUUCACCGACGAGGAUUUGCAGCGGCUGGCUCGAUGGAACACAGCUCUGCCACGGACACAAGAAAUUUGCGUUCAUGAAGUGAUUGGGGGGCAGUGUCGGUUGCAGCCGGCGAAGGACGCCAUCAGCGCCUGGGAUGGACGGCUGACGUACAGCGAGUUGGACGCGCAGACGUCGCGUCUGGCGCACUACCUGCAGUCCCGGGGGGUUGGAUUGGAAGACAGGGUUCCUCUGUGCUUCGAGAAAUCAAAAUGGUACACUGUGGCGAUGAUUGCGGUGCUGAAGACAGGGGCUGCUUUUGUACCCCUGGAUCCCUCUCAUCCAAAGCAGAGGUUGCAGUCCCUCACUCAGGCUGUCGGGGCAUCGAUUGUGCUUUGCUCAACCAGAUACACGGUCACGUUGCAGAACAGCGCUGUGUCUGUACCGAUCAUCGCGGUGGAUGAUUCCCUUCUUGAGCAGUGCACAGAGAUAUCGGUUUCUUCCACCGUGAAACCUGGGAAUGCUGCCUAUGUGCUAUUUACAUCUGGGUCAACCGGUGAGCCGAAGGGCACAUUGGUUGAACACCGGGCAUUUUCGUCGAGUUCGCUCGCCCAUAGCGGACCGCUGCGCAUCAAUUCGGACUGUAGAGUAUUUCAAUUUGCUGCACACACCUUCGAUGCGAGCCUGUGUGAGAUCUUGACCCCUCUGAUGAACGGAGCGACUGUCUGUGUGCCGAGUGAGGAAGCUCGCGUAAACGAUCUCGCGGGUGCCAUAAAUGGUUUCAACGCAAAUCAUCUUUGUCUUACUCCUUCUGUCAUUGAGUUCUUGAGCCCUUCCAUGGUGCCAGAAGUGACGACUCUCGUUCUGGCAGGCGAGGCAAUGUCUGCCUCGCAGCGUGAUAUGUGGUGUCACAAGGUCAACCUCGUCAAUGGCUUUGGUCCGACGGAGACGUCCAUAACAUCUGCAGUUAACUCCACCGUCACCGUGCAGACGGACUGCAGGGAUAUCGGGACCCCUGUCGGAGGCUUCUGUUGGAUUGUAGAUCCACAGGACCACAACCGACUGGUUCCAGUCGGGGCUCCAGGAGAGAUGCUUGUUGAAGGGCCUUCGCUCGCGCGCUGUUAUCUGAAUAACCCGGAGAAAACCGCAGAUGCAUUCAUCUUUGACCCGGCCUGGACUCAACAGUCAAAGGAUAGAAAUCAGCCACGGCGGCGAUUUUACAAGACGGGCGAUCUAGUGCGAUAUAACUCUGAGAUGGGGACACUUUCAUACGUCGGCAGGAAAGAUACCCAGGUCAAGCUGCAUGGCCAGAGAGUUGAACUAGGGGAGAUUGAGAGCCGGCUCAGUGCGGAUGGCGAUGUUCACCAUGCCCUUGUGCUCGUUCCCCGAGCCGGGUAUGCAAAAGGUAAGCUGACAACUGUUGUCUGUCUGUCCGGCUCCUAUGAGGUCAAACAGGAAGAGCUUGUCUUGGAUGCAUCGCCCGCCACACAGAGCCGUAUCUCUGGAUUGCGGCAACGUUUGAGCUCUCGCCUGCCUUCUUAUAUGAUCCCGAAUAUCUGGCUAAACGUCUCGUCUCUUCCCUUGUUGCCAUCUGGGAAGCUUGAUCGCAAGAUGGUGGCUCGAUGGCUGGUUGAGAUAGUGGACGAUCCUCAAUUCCAACCGGCCGAAGACGACACCCAACUGUGUCCAGAAAAUGAGACCGAGAAGCAACUUGCGCUGAUCUGGAGCCGUGUCCUGAAUAUCCCUUUGGCCCGAAUAAGGUUGAAUGAUAGCUUUUUGAAACUGGGAGGCGACUCCCUGGCUGCUAUGACCUGCGCCAGUCAAUGUAAAAAGUCAGGGCUCGGUCUCAGUGUCCAAGAUAUCCUGCGUGCCCAAUCAAUCCGCGAGCUCGCUCGUCACACAACCAGCAUCAAAUCCGUUGCUACCUACCGGGAAACCAUUGAUGAGUGGUUUGAUCUCUCCCCAAUUCAGCAUUUACAUUCUCUUGUCAGAAAGGAAGACCAGGGAUACUUCAACCAGAGUAUUCUGACAAGAGUAAACGAGAGAGUCAAUAUCGCCAAACUCAGACAGGCUGUGGAGGCCCUGAUUUCCCGGCAUUCCAUGCUGAGGGCUCGUUUCUCCCUCAGUGGACCCGAACAGAAGAUGCGACAACGGAUCACGCGAGAAGUAUCAUCUUCAUAUCGCCUGGCUGGGCAUACGGUUGCCGGUAAGCAAGAAGUUGACGCCAUCAUUGGGGAUAGCCAGCAGAGGAUCGACUGCGUUGCGGGCCCCGUCAUGGCUGUGGAUCUCAUAGACGUCGCAGGCCAGGGCCAGUUACUGUCUCUUGUCGGUCACCAUUUAGUCGUGGAUAUUGUAUCCUGGCGACUGAUUAUAGAGGAGUUGGAGGAGCUGAUUUUGGACGAGGGCAAGGCUGCUAUGACAAGCUCAUCGAUGCCAUUCCAGACGUGGUGUGUUCAGCAGGCCGAGCAUUGUGGAAACUUUGGCAAUGAGCUUAAUGACAUUCCGUUAUACGACGACCAUCGCCGCCUUUUAUCAUUUUGGGGCGUGGAUGAGUCCUUCAACACCACUUACGGCGAUGUACAGUGUGCUUCGUUUCAAGUAGAUCUUCAGACCACAUCCUUGAUCCUCACCGGAUGCCACGAAAGUUUGAAGACGGAGCCAGUUGAUGUGCUUCUAGCAUGCCUUCUCAAGUCCUUUUCCCUUGCAUUUCCAGACGGUCCGGCCCCAGUCAUUCAUAAUGAGGGCCACGGCAGAGAGCCAUGGGACGCCUCGAUCGACAUUUCGCGCACUGUGGGGUGGUUCACCACCUUGUAUCCGAUCUGGUCACGGCAAAUCAGUGAACAGGACCUGGUUCAGACGGUAAUUAAUGUCAAGGAUAAUCGUCGUCGGGCUGUGGACAAUGGCCGAGCGUUCUUUGCAUAUCGCACCCUGACGGAAGCGGGCCACGAGAAAUACCCGCAUCCGACGCCGAUGGGAAUUAGCUUCAACUACCUCGGCCAGAACCGCGACUUGCAGAGACGAACAGGCCUUUUCAAUCUGGCUGACCAGAUGGUCGGAGAGACGCGAGAAGGUGGCGGUGCUGCUGACUUCGGCCGUGACACGCCUCGCUUCGCCCUGUUUGAGAUUUCAGCGGCAGUCAUUGCUGGACAGCUGCGCUUCACAUUUUCAUUCAACAAGUCAAUCCGCCAUCUGGAUCGGGUAGCGGACUGGCUGUCUUACUGCAAGAGCAUACUCAAUGACUUGUCUCGCCAGCUGCACGCUUUGCCUGCAACGCGGACACCUGGAGAUUUCCCUUUGCUCCCGGUGACAUAUAACGAGCUCCAGAAAGUCUGCACCGAGACUCUGCCGCAGCAUGGCAUCGCAUCUCUGGACCAAGUGGAGGAUAUGUACCCGUGCACACGAAUGCAGCAAGGAACCCUUCUUAGUCGUUAUCGCAACCCAGCCUUGUACGCUGUGCACAUCACUUUUGAAGUCAAAUUCCCUGGCCAGCAGCAGCCCAAUACAGACCAUUUGGUCGAGGCCUGGAAUAGACUGGUGUCAUACCAUUCUAUGCUGCGGACAGUCUUCGUUCCAAGGUUGACAGCCAAUAUUCCUUUUGCCCAGAUCGUUCUGAAGGCCGCUACUACCCGGUCUACCCGACUGGAGCGUGAUGAUGAAGCCCAGGCCAUCGCUGCCUUUGAGAGCCAGAACCCCGUUGAGUCUUAUGCUACACACCGCUUUUCAGUCUGUCAGACCCGUUCUGGCCAGCUCUUCUGCCGAUUGGAGAUGAACCAUGCAGCCAUGGAUGGUGGAUCAAUUUCGCUGUUGUUGCGCGACCUCCGACGUGCACUUGGUGGGGGUGCAGUAUCUUUUGAUAACAUCAAAUCUAAGCCGGACUUCAAAGCAUUUGUUCAUUAUCUACAGCGACAAUCACCAGAGCUUGGUCUAGACUACUGGUGUUCUUAUCUGAAGGAUAUUCAGCCGUGCCAUUUUCCAGUAAAUACCAGUGGUACACCUACAGGAAAUCUUCGCACUCUCCGGGUCGAAUAUCCAGAUCUGGAAAGACUUCACACUUUCUGCCAGACGACUGGAAUCACGCAUUCGACUGUUUUCAACGCAGCUUGGGGCUUGUUAUUAUCGUCACUCACUGGGUCGGAUGAUGUAUGUUUUUCGUAUACGACUUCCCUACGAGAUGCCCCCGUCAACAAGAUCGACGCAAUCAUUGGACCUAUCAUGAACCUGGCUGUUUGCCGGGUAAAGCCUACCACCGCUGCAACAAUGCUGAGCGUGUUGCAACACAUGCAGAGCGAUUAUAUGGAAUGCCUUCCUUACCGCUCGUGUUCCCUGAUCGAAAUCCAGCAUCGCUUGAAGCUGGCCCAGAAGUCCUUGUUCAAUAGCGGAGUGUCGUAUAGAAAGCUCCCUGCGGAGCCAAGUAGCGACACUCCUUCUGUGGAAUUUGUUCAAAAGGGUCUCAUUCACGACCCAGCAGAGAUGGCUGUCUAUAUCAACGUUGAGGCUGAGGACCGGCAGGCGCAGAUUGAGUUGAACUACUGGACAGAUUGUUUGUCCUCCGAACAGGCGCACACAUCAGCGACUCUAUUUUUGGCUCAUGUUGAUUCGAUCAUUGACUAUGCUUCCAGAGGCUGGACAGAGCUGCUUGUGGCUAGUGAUGAACAGAAAGCACAAUUCCAAGCCCACUUUUCAUCAAAGAUCCCCCUCACUGAGAUCGAGUCCUGCUACUUGCUCGAGUUGGGAGAUGCGUCGGCCAAGCACGGAUUACAAUCGGAAUACAGGACUCUCAAGCGAGCAACUAAAUUAUACACAUUCUGCCAGGAAAAUACUCUUUCUGCAUCUGCAGUUUACGGCUUCGUUUGGGCUAUCCUUUUGCGACUAUACUCAGGGUCUCCAGAGGUUUGUUUCGGAACUGUGCAGGACCGGAAGUCUACCCACCCUCUGGGUAUCUGUAGUUCUCUUGUUGAGGACGAUGCUUUUGUUCUUGACGCCAUUCGCCAACAGCAUUCUAUACCUUUGCCGGAUGGUUUUGAGUCGUCUCAAGAUAACCUAUUUAACACUGUACUUUGCGUCAACCCCUCAUCCGAUGCAGACCUCACCGCUUCUGGUAUUCUCAGUCAUCUUGAAAGUGGGAAGUUUGCUGUUGCCAUCUGUGCCUCGUUGACAAGCACGUCCGGCACCAUCAGUGCCCACUAUUCGCCGAAGAGUGUCUCAAAGGCUUACAUCGACAGUCUGAUGGCCUGCUUCGAGCACAUCCUCAACCAGCUUCCUUCAGCUGGUCUCAAGAAGCGCAUCGGGGAUUUGAAUCUUGUUGAUGAUGAGACAUGUGCGCAGCUGCAGGUUUGGAACCGCUCGCUGCCCGUACAGUCUAACAAAUGUGCCCAUGACAUGAUUGCAGAGCGAGCACAGCACCAAAAUCCAUCUGCUCCAGCAAUUUGCUCCUGGGACGGCAGUAUGACGUACUUUGAGCUUUGGGCUUCAUCAAUGCGACUGUCGCAGCAUCUGAGGCGGUUGGGUGUGAGACCAGAGACCUUCGUUGCUCUACUCUUUGAAAAAUCCUCCUGGGCUAUCGUGGCCCAGUUGGCGGUUCUUCAAGCCGGCGGAGCGUUUGUCUCGCUUGAUCCUUUACACGCCGAAGGCCGUCUAGAAACAUUGGUCUCUCAACUGGGCGCUCCCAUCAUGCUGUGCUCGCCCGAACAUUAUGAAUUAUCUUCCCGGAUCUGUAAUGUGGCCUUCGCUGUUGAUGAGUCUGUUAUUGACGAAUUGCCUGAAUCUCCACCGUCAGCGAGAGGAAAACAGGCCUCACUAUCCAAUGCUGCAUACGCCAUCUUUACCUCCGGUACGACAGGCACACCCAAAGCCACCGUGGUGCAGCAUUCCGCGCUCACUACCUCAGCUCAGCAAUGGGCGACUGUGCUGCGCUUCAACACCAAGACGCGGACUUUCCAAUUCUCUAGCUUUACAUUUGAUGUCAGUGUGAUGGACGUCUUCUUUACGCUCAUAAACGGCGGUUGUGUUUGUAUUCCCAGCGAGACGGAGCGCAUGAACGACCUGGCUGGUGCUAUCAGACGCACCAGCGCAACGCUCCUCUCUGGCAUCCCUAGCUUGGUCAACACACUUGAUCCAAAGAGUGUACCCACUCUCAAGACGCUCGUCAUGGGUGGGGAGAAGAUGCCGACAUCUUUUAUCAGCCGCUGGUCUGAUCGGCGCAUCAUCAACGCGUAUGGCCCCUCCGAAGCGACAGUUGUCGCAACAGCCAGCGCCAAGACCGAUGGUUCUGGAGCAGUGUUGAAUACAGACUGUAGCGAUAUUGGCGUGGCCUUCUGUGGUCGCUCAUGGGUCGUUGAUUCGGCCAAUUUCAACCGUUUGCUUCCGUUCGGUGCGGUAGGAGAACUGUUAAUGGAGGGUGCCAAUGUGGCGCGCGAAUACCUACACAACAAGAAAAAGACUCAGCAGGUUUUCGUGAAUGAUCCACAUUGGGUAACAGAACCUAGGAUGAAGGAAUCUUUUGGUCUUUCGGAGCGCAUGUACCGCACUGGAGACCUGGUGCGGUAUAAGCCGGAUGGCACGUUGUCAUUCAUUGCUCGUGCAGACACCCAAGUCAAGCUCAAGGGGCAACGUGUCGAGCUGGGCGAGAUUGAGCACCACUGCAAAUCACUAUUGCCAUUCCAAAGUGAGGUGGUCGUGGAUAUCGUCGUGCCCCAGGAGGGGACGAUGUCUCGCGGUCUUGCAGCUUUCUUCACCACCUCUCUUCAAAAAGAAGAAGAAGAAGAACUCGUUAACAGCGAUUCAGAUGGUAUUCUUCUCUCAAUGACCGCAGAUCGGAUUGCAGUCGUAAACGGUCUUCGCCAGCAAUUGCCGCAGCGUCUGCCCCGGUAUAUGGUGCCCACGUUCUUCUUCCCUGUCCGCUACCAACCACGAACGACCUCGUCCAAGUUCGAUCGCCGCAGGCUGAAGAGGAGUGUGGAAUCACUGAAGAAGGAGGAAUUGAAGCUUUACUCUCAUUCAGUGUCAACACGGUCCCAGAAGACGGGGUCGAAUGGUCUAGAGACUACCCUUCGUGGACUCUGGGAGGAAGUCAUGAACCUGACUGUGGGCUCUGUUACCGAUGAAGAUAGCUUCUUCAGCCUGGGAGGCGAUUCCUUUGCAGCCAUGAACCUAGUUAGCGCCGCGCAGUCGGUCGGAAUUACGCUUACGGUAGCCACAAUUUUCAAGUAUCCCACUCUUUCGGAGAUGGCUGCGCACUGUGAGAGCGACAGCAGCAACGCUCAAUUGCCGAAAACCGCCAUUAUUCCGUCUUUCAGUCUGCUUACAUCUGCUGAGGAUACCAAGGAAGUUUUGGAUGAAGCUGCAGACUUUUGCCAAGUGAAAGCCUCAUCGAUCGUGGACGUGUAUCCAUGCAGCCCUGUACAAGAAGGUCUCAUUACUUCAUCUACGACUCAGCAGGGUGCGUACGUCGUUCGCUCGAUCUACCAGCUUGCAGAAUCUGUAGAUCUGGACGUAUUCAGAUCUGCGUGGCAGAAGACCGUCGAUGAAGUGGAAAUCCUACGCACUCGGAUUGUCCAUACAGCGGCGGCAAACUUCUGCCAGGUCGUUCUGCAAUCGACUCCUAUCAAAUGGACUUACCGGACAGACCUGCCGACCGCUUCCGAAGAGCUUCCUGCGCUCCCAGACCAACAUGGAGGCUGCUUAACGCACUACGCUAUUGCAACUUCUGAAUCAUCUAGGUAUUUCCUCUGGUCGUUGCACCAUGCAGUCUACGACGGUUGGAGUGUGCCUUUGAUCCUCCGCAAGGCCCAAACCUAUUACCUUCAGUUGACGAAGACACAGCCAGCAACUGUUACUCCGGUCAUGCCGUACAAUUUGUUUAUCGACUAUCUGGCCAAGGUUGAUGUUGAUGCAUCUGACCGGUUCUGGAAAGCCUACCUCGCCGGCUAUAAUACACCUUCCUUCCCUCGGAUCCAGGAGGUUAGCAAACCGAACGCUGGCCAGCGACAACUCAUUUCAAUAGACAUCAAGAGGCCGUCUAAUGCCACGUCCGUGACCGUGCCUGUGAUGGUCCGCGCGGCAUGGGCCCUUGUCAUUGCCGAGCAGAGCGAAUCGCAGGACGUCUGUUUUGGUGAAACCCUGAUGGGCCGCAAUAUUGACCUGCCUGGAGUUACUGAGAUGGGUGGCCCUGUGCUGACAACAGUUCCUACACGUAUUCAGGUCGAUAGACAGAUGUCUGUCAAGGCUUAUCUACAGCGGGUCCAGAAACAAAUGUUGGAGAUGAUUCCUCACCAGCAUGCAGGCCUUCAGCGUAUUCGCAAGCUUGAUCAAGGUGCUUCUGCGGCAUGCGGAUUUCAAAAUCUUCUCGUGGUGCAACAAAAUGACGAAGAAUCUCUUGACGACACGGUCUGGUCUUUCAGUGAGAUCCAUGCCAGUCGCGAGUUUUUUACCUAUCCGCUCGUGGUAGAGUGCAAGGUUGCGCCCAAUCAAAUUCAUACGACAGCGCAUCAUGACGAGACGACGAUCCUCGGAUAUGAAGUGGAGAGACUCAUUAAUCAAUUCCACUUUGUGCUGAAGCAGAUCCUCGACAUAUCUAGUGACAAGGAAGACGGAAGCUGGACUGUCGCGAUGUUGGAUCUGGUCACCCCGGCAGACAAAAGGCAGAUCGCAGAUUGGAAUUCCAAGCGUCUCGCACCAGUCAAGAAGACUAUCCAUGACCUCAUCUGGGACCAAUGUGCACUGCAGCCGGAGAGCGAAGCUAUCUGUGCCUGGGACGGAAGGUUGUCUUACCGUGAGAUGUGCGAGUAUGCCGCAGCUUUUGCCAAAUAUCUUGUAUCACUUGGCGUUGGUCCGGAGAUUUUCGUUCCCGUUUGCAUGGACAAGUCAGUUUGGAUGGUAGUUGCCAUUCUGGGUGUCAUGGCUGCCGGCGGUGCAUAUGUGCCUUUGGAUCCUGCGCAUCCCACAUCGAGACACGAAGAGAUUAUCGCGGACGUUGAUGCAAGUCUGCUGCUAUGCUCGUCUGCAUAUCGGAAAAAGUAUACAAAAACUGUCAAGACUGUUCUCCCAGUUGAUCAGGAGGUCUUUCAGAGUCUCCCUAUCGGGUCCCUAUAUCCACCCAUGAAUAGGGCUACCAGUUCAAACAUGGCAUAUGCCUUGUUUACAUCUGGCAGUACAGGUCGGCCCAAGGGCAUUGUGACCGAGCAUGCUUCCUUUGUGAGCAGUGUGAUGGCUUUCGGACCGGUGGUGAACCUCCAGCGAGGUACAAGAGCCUUCCAUUUCGCCUCCAUGACUUUUGAUGCUGCAGUUAUGGAGGUCUGGGGGGCCCUGAUUUUUGGUGGUUGUGUCUGCAUCCCCAGCGAAGAGGAGCGCUUAAACCAUGUUGCUGGUGCAAUGCAUCACAUGAAUAUCUCCUGGACCUUCUGCACGCCAUCGGUGGCGGCGAUCAUCGAGCCCUCGAGCGUUCCAGCCUUGAAGACGCUUGUCUGCGGUGGAGAAAUGCUCUCGGCGGAGGUUAUCAACAAAUGGUCUCGACACGUCGAGUUGAUAAAUGGUUAUGGCCCGACUGAGACUUCGGUAUUUGCUACACUGAAUACGGGAAUCUCCCCAUCCACCGAGCCGGCUUGCAUCGGCCGCGGUAUUCGCUCUACCUGUACAUGGGUGGUUGACCCGGACAACCAUGACAGACUCAUGCCUGUUGGUGUUGUGGGUGAACUGUGCCUUUCCGGUCGUCCGCUGGCUCGCGAGUAUCUCAAGCGACCGGAAAAGACUGCGACAGAGUUUAUAGACAAUCCUCGCUGGGCGAGAGACUUCCCCGGUAGCUCUGCGAGCCGCAUCUACAAGACAGGUGAUCUGGUGAGGUAUUAUCCCGAUGGCUCUGUAGAAUACCUCGGCCGAAAAGACCAUCAGGUGAAGUUACAUGGACAGCGCAUGGAGUUAGGAGAGAUCGAAUCACGUCUCGGCGAGCAUCAGAGCAUUCGCCAUGCGGUGGUGCUGUUGCCAAAGACUGGCCUGCUGAAGAAGCGUCUGAUUGCUAUCCUCUCUCUGAAUGGCGUCUCUUCUAAUCAGCAGAGUCUCAUCAUGUCUAAUGCUCGUUGUCAGAUGGUUGAAGACGGCAUCUUGCAAAGCGCAGGAUUGUCCUGCAUCCAAAACUCUCUCCAAGAACAAUUACCCAUAUACAUGGUACCCCAGGCCUGGAUCGUCAUGCAGUCGCUACCCAUGCUGGUAUCCGGCAAGAUCGAUCGCAAGCAGAUUACUGCUUGGGUUGAACAAGUCGAUAAGGUAGCGUAUGAACGUAUCAUGCAGGAUUACGAUACAAUCAAACGCCGAAGGGACGUGGAGACAGUCCAGAAGACCUCUGCCACGGCGAUGGAUGUGCUUCGAGAAGUUUGUGCUCAAGUCCUGGAUAUUUCAAGCGUUGAUGUCACUCGGUCUUUCAUCAGUCUCGGCGGUGAUAGCAUCACUGGAAUGGCCGUUGUUUCACGCGCUAGGAAGCAAGGCAUGACGGUUCGACUCCAGGACAUCCUGCAAACAACAUCUCUUGAAGAGCUAUCGAAACGUGCCAAAUUCAGUGUUGUCCCCUCAAACACCGCGGAGGAGACGGACAAGCUCUUUGGGCUGUCUCCCAUCCAAGAGCUCUAUUUUAGGUCCGCGACAAGACACCGGGAUACCGAUCGAUUCAACCAAAGUGUUAUUGUGCGAAUAACCCGCUGGAUUGAUUCCAACAAGCUCCAGAAUGCUCUCCGCGCUAUUGUUGGUCGCCACGGCAUGUUGAGGGCCCGCUUUGUAAAGGUUAAAAAUGGUGCCUGGCAGCAAAAGAUCACCAAGGAUAUCGAGGAAUCGUACAAACUUUGCAUGCACACGGCUGGCAAUCCCGAAGAUAUGAAUCCCAUCAUGGCGGCCAGCCAACGUGCUCUCGAUAUUGAACGUGGUCCUAUCAUGAGAGCUGAUCUGAUUGACGUUACCGGAACCGAACAGGUUCUGUUUCUUGUAGCCAAUCAUCUAUGCAUCGAUAUGGUCUCCUGGCGCGUUAUACUCCAGGACCUCGAGGAAUACCUGCUCACUGGAACCAUUGCCUCUGAGCGCCCAUUCUCCUUCCACACAUGGUGUGCUAUGCACCAAAAUGGCAAGAGGACAGGGGGAAUCCAGUCCGCGGAGAAGCCAGUAAAUGCCAAAUACUGGGGUCUUGAGAGUUCAACAAAUACAUACGGCCAAGUGAAAACCAAGACUUUUGUACUCGAUGAAGAGACCACGACUUUUGCCCUUGGUCGCUUGCAUGAGACAAUACAGACUGAGCCGCUUGAUUUACUGCUAGCAGUUGCUUUCCGCUCUUUUGCUCAAACAUUCACCGACCGGGAAUUGCCCACUAUCUACAACGAGAGCCAUGGCAGACAGUCUUCCACGGACUCGGCGAUCGACGUCUCUGGAACUGUGGGGUGGUUUACUGCACUGAAGCCCCUUUGUGUCGCGUCCCUCCCCGAGACACUUGUGGAUACUAUGCGCUUGAUUAAGCAGAACAGACAGACACAGCAGAACCUUAGCGAUCUCUCUGAAUUUCCUCAGCCACUUGAAAUCAUGUUCAAUUAUCUAGGUCGCUUCCAGCAGUUGGAACGCCAGGAUGCACUUUUUCAGCACUAUCGUCAAGUCUUCGAUGAGAGCGAGAUGACAAGGUUUGGCGACAUGGGCCCUAACACCUCUCGGUUUGCCUUGUUCGAACUCACCGCGAUCGUCCUACAAGACCGACUCCAGAUCUCGUUCACAUUCAACCGGGAUAUGAAGCGCCAGGAACAGCUUGGACGAUGGAUGUCAGCAUUCGAGAAAACCUUCAAGCAAGCCUGCCUUCAUCUUGACACUGUUGCUGCAAACUCACUCCCGUCAUUCCCCUUAUUGCCAGCAACUCCAGGUGAGAUGGAGCAGUUACUGGAGUCGGUGCUGCCACGCCUCGGCAUUAAGGAAAUUACUGAAAUCGAGGACAUUUACCCUGUCUCCCCAGUCCAGGAGGGGAUCCUGCUCAGCCAGUUACGUGACCCUGCUUCAUACAUAUUCCACACGGUUUUCGAGAUCACAGAUAACCGAACCGGAAGACCGAUCAAUGUCGAUGCAUUGGCGAGUGCCUGGCAGCAAGUGACCGAUCGUCACGCUAUCCUACGGACGGCUUUUGUGGAAAGCAACUACAAGAAUGGCACCUUUGAUCAAGUUAUUCUGAAGCAAUAUGCGGCUACAGUGAAUGUGAUGGAAUGUGAUAGUUCCGAGGCCUUAUCAAGACUAGAUACCAUCACGCUUGGGGAAGCGAAGAGGAAGACAGCUCAUCUUCAGCACCAGAUCACCAUCUGUCGAGCCCCAACCAGGCCUGUCUUGUUGAAAAUGGAGAUCAACCAUGCUCUCAUUGAUGGGGGCUCUAUCUCGAUCAUCUUGAGAGACUUCUCGGCUGCAUACAGCAAGCAACUGGCGAAAGGCCCUGGACCACAGUAUUCUAAGUACAUUCAGUAUCUGCAAAGUAUCGAAGACACGGGCGGAAUCGCGUACUGGACCGAAUAUCUUCGAGGCGUCACGCCAUGCAGCCUGCCUGUGUCUAGCAACAAGGUGGCCAAACGCCGCCUGAGCUCCAUCAAGAUUGGGUUUGAUCGCUUCGAUGCCCUACAGGCCCUUUGCCGCCAGAACUCUAUUACGUUCGCUAACUUGGCGCUCGCUACUUGGGCACUGGUUUUGCGUGCCUUGACUGGCCAGGACGAUGUGUGCUUUGGCUACCUCUCAGCUGGUCGGGAUGCCCCGGUCCCAGAUAUCCAGGACGCAGCAGGCGUCUUCAUCAACAUGUUAUGUUGUCGCGUGCAAUUCUCCGAUCAGCAGAGCUUUGUUGGUGUAUUCAAGCAGAUGCAGAGUGACUAUCUUGCCGGACUCCCUCACCAGACAUGUUCCCUGGCACACAUCCAACACCAGCUGGGUAUCUCUGGAGACAAGACUCUCUUCAAUACGACUGUAUCCAUUCAGAAUAGAAUGCCUUCCGAUGGCACUGACACCGACGCUCUCUCAUUUGAGGCCCUUCAAGUGCAUGACCCCACCGAGUUCCCUAUGACGGUGAAUGCUGUCACUGCCAGAGGCCAUGAAGGCAUCAUGCUGCGAUUCUGGUCUGAUAGUGUCACCAACAGCCAAGCACAAGGAAUUGCAACAGCCAUUGUCCAGGUAUUCGAAACGGCUCUUGCACGUCCAUUUGAUUCGAUCUCCACGUUUUCUGGAUUGCUCGAUCUGGGAACCCAGACGCCAGAUGUGCCGACACCUCCGUAUGAUAUUACUAAAUUGAUUGACUCCAAGGCCCUCCAUAAGCUUAUUGACGAACGCGUCCGGGAGAUCGUUGGACAGAUUAUUCGGAGGCCCAAUCUACAGAGAGAAUUGUUGACACCGUCGUCAACUCCGGCCAGGAGCCAAGAGAACCUGACAAACAUCAUCGCAGCCUCUUUGAACUUGUCACCCUCAUCAUCUUAUUCCUCUGAUGGAGACCCAGAGCCGAAAACUAUCGGGCAUAGCUUCGAGGCCUGUACUUUAGGGAAGGCCACACGGAAAGCCUCUCCAGAACUCCGCCGGAAGCUCCUGGGUCUCUGGAGUACUGCCUUGGAAACCCCAACAUACCUUGUCAAGCCUCAGGAUAGUUUCUUUCGUGUUGGCGGUGACAGUAUCAAGGCGAUGAAGAUGGCAAGUGCGGGGCGCGAGGAGGGUCUUUCUCUGCGUGUCUCUGAUAUCUUCCAGUCGCCCGUAUUCGAAGACUUGCUGGAGCUGAUUGCUUCAAACACUGCUGUUGCUAGCAGCAAUACGCCUGCCACCCCCGCUGCUAUUCCCAUCAAGGGCAAGACCAAAUUGACUCCUUCUACUUCACCCUCUACUUCCCCUCCGGAUACAAACGUCUACAACGCCGUGAGAUUGGACUAUCAAUUUGUGCAGAGGAACAUUUUCCCCAAGAUCGGCUUUGUCAAAGGAGACGUUUCCGAUAUUCUGCCCGUGACCGACUUUCAAACACUAUCCCUCACUGCACAGCAAUUCGACUCUCGCUGGAUGUUGAACUAUUUCUACUUUGAUGGCACGGGGCCUUUGGAUAUCCUGCGGCUACGAGAGAGCUGCUCGAGAGUCAUUGAAUCUUUUGAUGUCCUUCGAUCCGUCUUUGUGUGUUCGGGCCCCCGUUUUUAUCAGGUUGUUCUCAAGAAGAUUACCGUGGACCUGACGGUGUGUGAGACUGAUCAGUCUCUCGACGACUUCACUGCGGGACUGCAGAAGUCUGAUCGCGAACAACCGAUCAAGCAGGGUGAACCGUUUGUCAAGUUUUUUGUGGGCAAGAGAUUGAAUAGCAACCAUCACCGCAUUUUGAUUCGGCUAUCUCAUGCGCAGUAUGAUGGCGUUUGUCUGUCAAAGCUGCUGGGGGCCAUCAAACAAGGUUACGAAGGCGGCACGCUGCCGUUGACCUCGUCCUUUGCCAGCCAUAUGCGGCUGCUGUCGAGUAGUGUGACUCCUGACCACUUCCAGCAUUACAAGUCCCUGCUGCAAGGAUCAAAGAUGCCGCAGGUUAUCCGACGCAAUGGGCCCAACACAUACCAAUACGUCGGUGAUUCAACAGCCGUGAUGAGAACCGUCGACAUCUCCAUGGCUGCCAACGCAAACAUCACCAUUGCGACAGUGGUCCAGGCUGCCUGGGCGCUGACAUUAGCCAAGAUGUGUGCACAGUCGGACGUUGUUUUUGGCUUGACCAUCAACGGACGCAAUGCAGGCGUUCCCGGCAUCGAAACUGCAGUGGGCCCUUGUGUCAAUAUAGUACCGGUGCGGGUGCGCUUUGGCGAGGGAUGGAAUGGCCUUGACCUGUUCCGCUACAUCCAGGACCAGCAGGUGGCCAACAUGCCCUACGAGAAUCUGGGCUUCCGUGACAUCAUCCACAACUGCACUGACUGGCCGAAAUGGUCGUACUUCACCACCACUGUUUUCCACCAAAGCGUUCAGUACGAAGGCCAGAUCCAAUUGGAUGACAAUACUUACCGCAUCGGCGGUGCGGGCGUGAUCGACGACCUCUCAGACCUGACUCUCCUAUCUACUCCGAUGGGCGAGAACAGAUUCGGAAUCGCCCUCCAUUACUCCAAGAAGGGUCCGAUCGAAGCGCCCUUUGCGUCUCGCAUCCUUGACAUGGCCUGCGAUGUGAUCGAGGGGCUGACAACCAGCCCAAGCUCGGUGCUUCCAUCCCCGACCACUCUCCAAUCGCUGCCGGUACACACGGUCGAUGAACUCCCGCGACCGUCCGAUGAGCAAUUUCUCUCAUCCCAUCUGAAGAAACAAAAGAUUGCAGAUCUUCUCGUUUACUCGCCCCCUCUGACUCGGGCAUGGCAGCAAGUUCUCACUCCGUACAAGGCAACCGAGUUCUAUCUCGAGUCUUCCUUCUUUUCACUUGGCGGAGACCUGUUCAGCAUGGCUCAGGUAGCUGCUCUUCUCCAGCAGGAAGGGCUUUCGGUGCGCCUGGAAGAUCUGUUGGAACAUCCGACUUUCCUUGGGCAGAUGGCAGUGCUCGCGUUACGGAAUGAGCCGAAGGAGGCGGAAAAGGCCAUCGAGAGCGCGCCUGUAAAGGCAUUCGAGAUGACGGAGAAAGUUCUAGAGGAUCCGGUCUCAUCUCCAUCAGUUCAAAUGGCCUCAACAGAGAAGACAAAGUCCGAGGGCGGCCGUGGCUGGACCAAGGCGUUCACAUUUACCCGGAAAUUCCGAAGCAAAUAG